CACCACAACAGCCAGAAAACACAAACUGGCUAUAAUUCUAUCAAAAACUCUUAAAAAAAUUGAAAUAAUUAAAUAUAAUAAUUUGAAAUGAAAUGAAUUAAAAUAGAUUAGAACCCUAAAUUCCCAAAUCAAAAUCGAUCUCAUCCUUCUUCAAUAUUGUGAUCAUGUUCAUAGUUACUGGAACAACAUCGUACUCUCUCCCAAUGGAGACAGUGGACUCUGUAGUUAUUGUUACUGGAACUAGUUCAAGAAACAAUGAAGUUGUUCAUGCUGGAAUUUAUUAUCUUCAUCAUUCUUUUGAGGUGAUUUUUUGCGUAAAGGCAAACUUUAUACAAUAACUGAGGCUAUAGCAAAAUUCAGACAUUAUCUUCUGGGUCAGAAAUUCAUUAUUAGAAUCGCUGACUGAGCAAACCAUCCAGACUCCUGAACAGCAGAAAUGGCUCCAUAUGUUCUUAGGCUUUGAUUUUUCCAUUGAAUAAAAGCCUGGAAAGAACAAUGUUGCUGCAGAUGCACUACCUAGAUCUUUCUUUGCUCUGUCUGGACCGGACCUACCUCGUCUCUCAUCACGCUUAUUAAUGCUGCCAUUAAUGAGGAUCCACAUUGGUUCGGAGUCAAGCAAGCUUGUAUGCAAGAUGCAGGACCUCAUCCUUUUUAUCAUGUCAAAAAUGGUAUCUUACUUUGGAAGUCCAGAUUGGUGGUUCCUGAUUCAAACUAUAUUGGAGGAAUUUCACUCCUCUAUUUUAGUUGGCCACUCAGGUAUUGCUCGGACAAAAGCAAGGGUUGCUGCACAAUUUUUCUGGUCAUCCUUGGCCAGUGAUGUUCGAAAAUUUGUGUCAAAUUGCUUGGUAUGUCAAAAGGCUAAAUCUGCCACAUCUGCUCCUGCCCGGUUACUUCAACCCUUACCAAUCCCCUCUCUUAUUUGGGACGAUAUAUCGAUGGAUUUUAUUACUGCUUACCACCUGCUAAUGGUUUCACAGUUAUAGUUGUUGUGGUGGACAGACUUUCCAAGUAUGGACAUUUCUCACCUCUAAAAAGUGAUUACACCAGCCAAAAAUGAAGUUGGUGUGUUUCAAGAAACAAUGAAGUUGUUCAUGCUGGUAUUUAUUAUCCUCGGUAUUCUUUUAAGGUACAUGGAAAAUCAAGGAAAGCUGAAUUCGGAGGCUAUGAAAUGGAUCUUCAGAUAUUUGAAAGAAACAUAAGUUGGUUUACUGUAUUUAUGCCAUGAUGGCAUAUCAGAAAUGUCAAUGGUUUUGUUGAUUGAGAUUAUGCCACCUGCUUGGAUUCUACAAGAUAUAUGACAACUAAAGUAGGAUACACGUGGCCAAGGUUUAAAAUAACGGUCGCGGUCCAGGUCGUGUAAAGGAUUUCAUGAUUUCGGCUGUUAAGGAUUUUGCUUUCUGAAUUGUAGUCACUGCGGUGUGAAUCAAUCACAACACACUGCUUUCUGAAUUGUAGUCACCGCGGUGUGAAUCAAUCACAACACACUCUUGUCCUGUUACAAUACAAUUUAGUAGUAUCUAGUCAUUUCAUAACAGAGAAUUUGAAAUUCAUUUUUACUUUAUAAAAUGUGAAUCCUGUCAAAUCAAUUUUUGGCCCAGCUAAUGAUAGGCUUCUAGAGCAAAAGGAAACAAAGAAGGAGGUAAUUUGAAAGUUCAUGUUUUUAUGUAUUGGAAUUGUGACCUAAUUGCUUUAACCAAAAAUGAUUGAGUUUAAAUGUGUAAGAUUAUUGAUUUGCCUUGCUUCAGAUAUCUGGGUAACCAAAUAUGAGCAAUUUGAAUUUUGGUCUCUAUUUUUUUUUUUAAAAUACGCCCUUGCAAAUAAUUACGUCUUUUAAAGUAGUGCCUAAACCCAUUUAAGAGAUGAUUUGGCAGAAUGUCGCAUAUAUAACAGUUGUUGACUGUGCAACUUUUGUCACUUGACGUUUAUGUGUCAAUUCUCGUAAUUUUAAAAUUUUAAAAAUCUUCACAAUGACAAUUUUAAAUUAUUUAAAUGUGAAAGAAUGAUCGAUUAAAAAAGAGAUAAACUCUACAGUCAACCCAAAGAAGUUAAAAUAUUGAGCUUUAUUAUUUUAUCCUACAAUUGACUUUUCAGAGAUUUUCUUUCCAACUAUUAAAUAACUCCAAUUUUAGGACUAAUGAAGAAGUAUGAAGAUGACGUUCUGUUUUUAUGGAAAAAAAAUUAAAGAAUCCAAAGCUUCCCUUUAAGGAGUUGAACAAAUGGUUCACGUAUUUACCAUUUCUAGCAUAUAAACUUAGAUCAAAUAUUCCAUUAUUAAUUGAUAGAAUCAUUCACACUCAAAAGUCAUUGAGAGUCCAUUUAAAGGCAUCAGAAUUUGCAUCUAAGCAUAUACAUCUCAUACUCAAAACUCUGAAAUCUUCACUCACUUCAAACAAUGUCAUCUUUCUUCAGCUUUUCUCAGCUACAAAUCCUUUCUUUCUCCAACAAUGUCAUCUCAGUGCACUUGAAAGCCAUGUAUCUAUUAUGUAUCAUUUUGAUGGCAUUCGAUCCAACUGAGGGUCAAACAGCCAAGUUGGUAAUCAAUGCUUCUCGGUCAUCAGGGAUGCAAAUCCCUGAUACCUUCAUGGGAGUGUUUUUUGAGGAGAUUAAUCACGCUGGUGCUGGUGGACUUUGGGCGGAGCUCGUAAACAACAGAGGUUUUGAAGCUGAGGGAGAAAAAGUUCCUUCCAGUUUGCAUCCAUGGGAAGUUAUUGGAGACAAACCGGCAAUUGUUGUAUCUAUUGACCAGACUUCCGUCUUCCAGCGUAACAGGAAUGCAUUGAGGAUGGAGGUACACUGUGACCACUCCAGUUCAUGCCUACCUGAUGGGGUUGGCAUCUCUAAUCCUGGAUUCUGGGGCAUGAAUAUUGAGAAGGGGAAGAAAUACAAAGUGGUUUUUUAUGUUCGUUCAACAGAAGGAAUUGAUCUAAAAGUUUCAUUUGUUGGAACAAAUGGUGGAAAAUUGGCUUCAAGUGAGAUCAGUGGCGUUGGUGUAAAUGCAUCAACAUGGAGAAGGGUGGAACGUGUGCUGGAGGCCACCGAAACUAACCACUACUCAAGCCUUCAAAUUACGGCAACCGGGAAAGGGACUGUGUGGUUAGACCAAGUAUCGGCUAUGCCGUUGGACACUUAUAAGGGACAUGGCUUCCGUAUGGAUCUUUUUCAGAUGGUGGCAGAAUUAAAACCAAGAGUAUUUAGAUUUCCAGGUGGCUGUUAUGUUGAAGGAAAUGUGUUAAAAAAUGCAUUUCAAUGGAAACAAACAGUUGGACCUUGGGAGAACAGACGUGGUCACUAUGGUGAUAUUUGGGAUUAUUGGACGGAUGAUGGCUUUGGUUUUUUUGAGGGUCUCCAACUAGCGGAGGAUCUUAAUGCAUUGCCAAUAUGGGUUUUUAACAAUGGUAUCAGCCAUAGUGAACAAGUUAAUGUCUCUGCCAUUUCACCAUUUGUACAAGAUGCCCUUGAUGGUAUUGAGUUUGCUAUAGGAAGUCCCACUUCAAGGUGGGGUUCCAUUAGAGCUUCUAUGGGACACCCUCAACCUUUCAACCUAAAAUAUUUAGCAGUUGGAAAUGAAGACUGUCAAAAUAAUCUCAUACCUAUCUAUCAAGGAAAUUACCCUGUUUUUUAUGAGGCAAUCAAACGUGUGUACCCAGAUAUUCAAAUCAUCACAAACUGUGAUGCUUCUAAGCAACCAUUAACUCACCCUGCAGAUUUGUAUGACUAUCAUCAUUACUCACUCACCGCCAAUGACAUGUUUCACAAGGCUGAAGAUUUUGAUCAUGCGUCCCGCACUGGUCCAAAGGCUUUUGUGAGCGAGUAUGCCUUAAUUAAGGAAGAUGCUGGAAAUGGAACCCUGUUGGCAGCUGUAGCAGAAGCUGGUUUCCUGAUUGGCUUAGAGAAAAACAGUGAUGUUGUCAGCAUGGUUAAUUAUGCUCCCCUCUUUGUGAAUACCAAUGAUAGGAAGUGGACUCCAGAUGCAAUUGUAUUUGAUUCUCACCAAGUGUAUGGAAUUCCAAGCUAUUGGUUGAUUAAGCUUUUCAAGGAAUCAAGUGGAGCCACAUUUUUAAAUUCAACUCUUCAGACUGAUUCUCCUACACUUGCUGCAUCUGCAAUUUCAUGGAAAUCUUCUGUAGAUGGUACAUCGAUUUUAAGGAUUAAGGUUGCAAACUUGGACAAGAAAGCAGUGAUUAUUGAGAUUUCUAUUGAAGGGUUGGAAUCAAGUGUGAGUUUUUCAAAGUUAACAAAAACAGUGCUAACAUCAUCCAAUCCAAUGGAUGAGAACUCUUUUUCAGAGCCAAACAAGGUGGUGCCGAAGGAAAGCCUAAUUCAGAAUGCUGGGAAGAUCAUAAAUGUCCAUAUAGAUCCAGUUUCAGUUACUUCAUUUGAUUUUAACAUGUAAUUAAUCACAGUGAAGUCAUCCUCCCACGUGAAGUAGUCACAGUGUGUCAUUUUUAUCUCCAACAUAGUCAGCAAAAUAUUAAUAAUACAUUGUUUAAUAUACCGUUCUAAUUAAAUAUACUUUGAUCUCUGCAAA